CCACAGUCAAGGCGAACAGAAUCGGUUGCCAAGGCCUUUUGAAUGCAGACGUUCUUUUUGUGAUCACUCUACAUGUUCAAAGAUCCAAGGCAUACCUUACACAGGCCCAAGGGCCUUGAGGAAGUCGGCACGAACCGACAUCCGACUGCAACACCUGGCAUUCUCGCAGUGUCCAGCAUAAUCUCAGACAUUAUUAACGUUGUAUAUUGCUAAUUAGUUUCGGUAGGUAGGAAAAACUGGAGCGAUUGUUGUCUCACUGCAUUAGGUGCAAUUAAAUUGGACACACACAGCACACACACGGGUAUUGGAUUGGAAACGACGCGGUUUGACUUUCGCUUUUCUAACGUCAUGAUCGUUGAGCAAAUGCUUCCUGAAAUUUUGGGCUGCUCGCUGCUGGAACCGGUUGUUGUAUUUGAAUUAUUUUCGUAUUUUCUCAAUCAUGUCCAGCCCCUUAACACAAGCGUGCAUCCCAUAAACACGCACAGUUACCACCCAAAACGAUGUGUCACGUGGUAGCGGACCGAUUGGGAUCCUCGGUGAAGUACCAACCAACCACCACACGAGUGGCGAUUCCGUUGCCAAGGUGAAUAAACCGCAUUCGAGAACGUCACUGCUGCAGCGAAGGAAUCGCUGAAUCGCUGGGUAUAUAAUGCUGGGAAGACAUAUCGUUUGAGCAAUCUUUCAUGUCCAAUUGUGUCCUAUGAACACAUUCCUAUAUAUCAUUGCAGACAUCCGGGGAAUUUCCGUUGAGUGGGCACCUUUAUUUAUAGCGCAUCAUGCACUCCAUACCCUGUAGCCAAGGCCAUUGGCCGAGUUCAGCUAUGGCAUCUGCGAUAUCGUGGUGGAUUCGGCUCUCCAUGCAUCUUGACCAACAUAUCGGAAGCUAGACGACCUACACCAACUGGUAAUCUAUGUGCCAUUUUCUCGAUAUCACGUCUUAGUUGCGCAAUUUGCACAACAAUUGGCCAAAGAAUUACUCAAUGCAUUUGCAUUUAAUGCAUACUUGAUUGCGGCUAAUGAGAGAGAAACCCCGCGGAAAAUUGCUGGAGAAGAUUAGACCUCUGCGCAUAAUCAACGCGCUGUAAUUGUUCGUACAUAAUUGUAUUACAUGAGCUUAUCAAUUAGCCAGCCAAUUAACUACCAGCCAUAUCUGGCCAUUCGCUGCAAUACUGCAAUUCUGGGAUUCUGGGAUGAGUGGACCAGGGAAAUCCCUGAAAUGAAUGCUCUGAUCUGCAUUGCGCAGGUACGAGGUGCUUUCCUCUGCUCCGCCGGUGGCAGCCGCAUAACCAGAAUCCACGAGCCAAACCAGGUGAGAUCGGCACUUGCUCGGCUCUCGAGCGGCAUGGCCUUUAUGUAAGCGCCACUCGGUUUCGGAUUCUGAGUUGUGGAAGUCGUCGAGCUUUUAUAAAAGCGGCAACAACAUUGCCAGUUCAUUCAGUUCAUUCGGAAUCAUUGUCAAGUGCAAUCUGCAGCAGCGAGAGCAGCAACAGCAGCACCAGGAACAGCAGCAACAUCAUCUAGUACAUCGGAAAUCGGAGCGUUAGCCAAGUCACUUACAGUAUAAUCCGCAGACGAUAGCCAAUAAAAUGCUGGCCAGCGAGAACUUUCCCACACAUCACUUCAAGGAAUCUAUAUUUAAGCCUUACAGUACAAGUGGCGAUGAUUUGGCAAGCGUUACCCCACUGACAGCGGCAGCAGCAUUGGUGGCGUCCACGUCGUCACCGGCUGAUUCCUCCUCCGCAGUUGCAUUCGAGACGGCCAGCAAAAUGUUGACCACCACCAACAGUAAUAAUAAUAAUAACAAUACCACGAGCGCCAAGGAUGAUCUAUCCAGCUUUGUGGCCAGCCAUCCGGCGGCAGAGUUCGAGGGCUUCAUCCGAGCCUGCGUCGACGAGAUCAUCAAGCUGGCCGUCUUCCAGGGCACCAAUCGCUCCUCGAAGGUCGUCGAAUGGCACGAGCCAGCGGAGCUGCGCCAGCUCUUCGACUUCCAGCUGCGGGAGAAGGGUGAAUCGCAGGACAAGCUGCGCGAGCUGCUGAGGGAGACGAUCCGGUUCUCCGUCAAGACGGGACACCCGUACUUCAUCAAUCAGUUGUACUCGGGUGUGGACCCGUACGCCCUGGUGGGCCAAUGGCUGACCGAUGCCCUCAAUCCCAGCGUGUACACGUACGAGGUGGCUCCACUGUUCACCCUAAUGGAGGAACAGGUGCUGGCCGAGAUGCGACGCAUAGUGGGAUUCCCCAAUGGCGGCCAAGGCGACGGCAUCUUCUGUCCUGGCGGAUCGAUAGCCAACGGUUAUGCAAUCAGCUGCGCCCGUUACAGACACUCGCCUGAGUCCAAGAAAAACGGACUCUUCAAUGCCAAACCCCUGAUUAUCUUCACCUCAGAGGAUGCCCACUACUCCGUGGAGAAACUGGCCAUGUUCAUGGGCUUCGGCAGCGAGCAUGUGCGCAAGAUAGCCACCAACGAGGUGGGUAAGAUGCGGCUGAGCGACCUGGAGGAGCAGGUGAAGCAGUGCCUGGAGAACGACUGGCAGCCGCUGAUGGUCUCGGCCACAGCCGGAACCACUGUGCUGGGCGCCUUCGAUGAUCUGGCUGGGAUCUCGGAUGUCUGCAAGAAGUACAACAUGUGGAUGCACGUGGACGCGGCUUGGGGAGGCGGUGCCCUCAUGUCCAAGAAGUAUCGCCAUCUGCUCAGUGGCAUCGAACGGGCUGAUUCGGUCACUUGGAAUCCACACAAGCUGCUGGCUGCCUCGCAGCAGUGCUCCACCUUCCUGACGCGCCACCAGCAGGUGCUGGCCCAGUGCCACUCGACCAAUGCGACGUACUUGUUCCAGAAGGACAAGUUCUAUGACACAUCCUUCGACACCGGCGACAAGCACAUCCAGUGCGGUCGCCGAGCUGAUGUCUUCAAGUUCUGGUUCAUGUGGAAGGCCAAGGGCACCCAGGGUCUGGAGGCGCAUGUCGAGAAGGUCUUCCGCAUGGCCGAGUUCUUCACUGCCAAGGUGAGGGAGCGUCCAGGAUUCGAGCUCGUCCUCGAGAGCCCCGAGUGCACCAACAUCAGCUUCUGGUAUGUGCCGCCCGGUCUGCGGGAAAUGGAGCGCAAUCGGGAGUUCUACGACAGGCUGCACAAGGUGGCUCCGAAGGUCAAGGAGGGCAUGAUCAAGAAGGGCUCCAUGAUGAUCACGUACCAGCCGCUGCGCCAGCUGCCCAACUUCUUCCGCCUGGUGCUGCAGAACUCCUGUCUGGAGGAGUCGGACAUGGUCUACUUCCUGGACGAGAUCGAAUCGCUGGCCCAAAACUUGUAAGCGGCGGCGAUGGCACGUUAGGUUAGGUGUUGACAACAUUCUCUUUAGGCUUAUGCCGAUUGUAUCUUCUAGUGUAUGGUUAAAUCUCACGUUUGUAUAUUCUUUUGGAUGUUAAGUAUUACCGAAAGCAAUGAACAAAAAUACAUAUUUAUAGGUCAUUUCAUUUAGAUUACAUUUUGUGUUUGCCUUGGAAACUGAAAAACAUUUCAACAGGAUUCUUUAAAUGCAAGAUUCUUGAAAGACAAAAUCAUAAAUUAUUUAAAUCCUUAUAAGCAAUUCUAAUUUAAAUACACUGGGAAUAUAUUUAA